AUUUUGUUGUAUGAGGAAGUAAACUACACAAAGAGAGAAAAACAAAGUUAUUGUUGUGGACUGGCUAUUGAGACAGAGUUGGAUUUGAGAAAAAUGAGAUGAUUCAUAACUCAUUCUGUGGGUCAGCAUCAGUGUUUGCUAAUAGAUGAAACCAUGGCUUUCAGAAUGGAUCUCUCUGAAGAACAUGAUACACAGCUAAAGAUAUUCAAGAGUGAGAUUCAGGAGGGUGAGUCAGAUUUACCUGAACACAUCAAUGUGUAUGUGAGGGAAAAUCAACGGAUGGAUCUUUCAGAUCUGUGCAGAGAGGAAGACUCUUCUGUUGAGCUUAGUUUGUGUGAGAAUGAAUCUCAUGAAAACAGCUGUGUGUCCAUGAAGAGUGACACGUCAAUGAUAAAUCCAAUUAAUUUCAACUCGGGAGACUUGUCUGCUGAUCUGAGUCAAAAACGUGAAGGACCAGAAUUACCUACAGCAAAGAAGAGCUUAGACUCCAUUUUCAAGGAGAUUGAGAACAAAAUCAUCUCUGUGAUAAAGAGUGAGUUAAAAAGCUUUAAGAGACUACUGAGUCCAGAUUACCCAGAAUGCUCUGAAAGAGAUUGCUAUGUUGAUGAGGGUCAUAGCAGAGUCAGAGAAGGGCUUCUGAAGAUCACCCUGCUCAUCCUGAGGAAGAUGAACCAGACAGACCUCGCUAACACACUACAGACCAAACUGAUGCCUGUGUAUCAACAAAAACUCAGAUCCAGAUUAAAGGAUAAAUAUCAGAGAAUCAGCGAAGGAAUGUCCAAUCAUGGAGACUCAACACGUCUGAAUGAGAUCUACACAGAGCUCUACAUCACAGAGGGAGGCAGUGGAGAGGUCAAUAAUGAACAUGAGGUGAGACAGAUUGAGACAGUGUCCAGGAGACCAGAGACACAGGAGACACCAAUCAACUGCAAUGACAUAUUUAAACCCUCACCUGGACAAGACAAACCCAUCAGAACUGUGCUGACUAAAGGAGUAGCUGGAAUUGGAAAAACAGUCUCUGUGCAGAAAUUCAUUCUGGACUGGGCUGAAGGAAAAGCCAAUCAGGACAUACAUUUCAUAUUUCCACUUCCUUUCAGGGAGUUAAACUUGAUACAGAAAAAUCUUAGUUUUGUGGAUCUUCUAAACCACCUUCACACAGAAACCAAAGAAUUUAAAUCAGCAGAUUAUGAUGACUACAAAGUCAUGGUCAUAUUUGAUGGUCUGGAUGAGAGUCGACUACGUCUAGAUUUCCAAAACAAUCAGAGUUUGUCUGAUGUGACCGAAUCAGCCUCAGUGGAUGUGCUGCUGACCAACCUCAUCAAAGGGAACCUACUUCCUUCUGCUCUCCUCUGGAUCACCUCUCGACCAGCAGCAGCCAAUCAGAUUCCUCCUGAGUGUGUUGACCAGGUCACAGAGAUACGAGGAUUCAAUGACCCUCAGAAGGAGGAAUAUUUCAGGAAGAGAAUAAAUGAUCAGAGUCUGGCUGAUAGAAUCAUCACACACAUCCGAUCAACAAGAAGUUUGUUCAUCAUGUGUCACAUCCCAGUCUUCUGCUGGAUUUCAGCCACUGUUCUGGAGAGGAUGAUGGGUAAAGCAGAGAGUGCAGAGAUCCCCAAGACCCUCACACAGAUGUUCACACACUUCCUGAUCUUUCAGACCAAACUGAAGACACAGAAGUAUGAUGGGAAAUAUGAAAUUGAUCCUGAUCAGGCUAGAAAGACUAUUCGUUCUCUAGGAAAACUGGCUUUUGAACAGCUGGAAAAAGGGAACCUGAUCUUUUAUGAGGAGGACCUGAAAGAGAGCGGCAUUGAUGUGAGAGAAGUGUCUGUGUACUCCGGAGUUUGUACCCAGAUCUUCAGAGAGGAGUUUGGACUGCAGCUGGGGAAAGUGUAUAGCUUUGUUCAUCUGAGUAUUCAGGAGCUUCUGGCUGCUUUGUUCAAGCUGUUGUCCUUUUCUGAACAAAACACAGGACUGAGGAAUGUGUUCAGGUCGCAAAUGCCCAAUUUACUCAAGAGAGAAGUGGACAAGGCCUUACAGAGUGAGAAUGGACACUGGGAUCUUUUCCUCCGGUUCCUUCUAGGUCUCUCACUAGAGUCUAAUCAGACUCUCUUAAAAGACCUCUUGAGAAAGACAGUAAGCAGCUCUGAUAUCAAUCAGCAAACAGCUGCAUACAUCAAACAGAAGAUCAGGGAGAAUCCCUCUCCAGAGAAAUCCAUCAAUCUGUUCCACUGUCUGAAUGAACUGAAUGAUCGUUCACUAGAGCAGGAAGUACAAACAUACCUGAGCAGAACAGGAGCCCAUCGUCUCUCUGGAGUCAAACUAUCUCCUGCUCAGUGGUCAGCUCUGGUGUUUGUGCUGUUGAACUCAAAAGAAGAGCUAGAUGAGUUUAAACUAAGUAAAUAUGAUCAAUCAGAAGAAUGUCUCCUGAGGCUACUACCAGUGAUCAAUGCAUAUAGAAAGAUUGAUCUUUCCAGCUGUCGUAUUACACAGAAAGGCUGUGCUGCUCUGGUUUCAGCUCUGAGAUCAAACCUUUCACACCUGACAGAACUGGAUCUGAGCUUUAAUAAACCAGGAGACUCAGGAAUAAAGCUACUCUCUGCUCUACUUGAGGAUCCAUACUGUAAACUGGAGAAACUAGAUCUUUCAUACUGUGGUAUUACACCGAAUGGCUGUGCUGCUUUGAGUUUAGCUCUGAGAUCAAACCCCUCACACCUUACAGAACUGGAUCUGAGAUAUAAUAAACUAGAAGACUCAGGAGUAAAGCUGCUCUCUGCUCUACUGGAGGAUCCACACUGUAAACUGAAGAAACUACAGCUGUAUAACUGCAGUAUUGGAGAGGAAGGCUGUGCUGCUCUGAUUUCAGCUCUGAGAUCAAACCCCUCACACCUGACAGAACUGAAUCUGAGCUGUAACAUACCAGGAGACUCAGGAGUGAAGCUACUCUCUGCUCUACUGGAGGAUCCACAUUGUAAACUGGCGAAAUUAUGUCUUUAUAACUGCAGUAUUGAAGAGGAAGGCUGUGCUGCUCUGAUUUCAGCUCUGAGAUCAAACCCCUCGCAUCUGACAGAACUGAAUCUGAGUUGUAAUAUACCAGGAGACUCAGGAGUGAAGCUGCUCUCUCCUCUACUGGAGGAUCCACAUUGUAAACUGGAGAAAGUAGAAAUUUGACAGUGGAAACUCCACAAGCACUGAACAAGUGAAUCAAAACCAGGAACAAGACUGUCAUCUGGACAAAUGCUGAUACUGUUCCAGCAGUUUCACAUGUGAAGGAUUUUUUGUUAUUAAUUGUAAUUUAGUUUUUUCAAUUUUUUGAGUUUUUUCCCACUCUCAUGGGAAUUUUUUUUAUAAGUAGAUUGGACAUACUUAUUGCACUGUAAAAAUGUUUGUGUGAAAUGACAGUAUAUUCCAGUUUAAUAACUGCAUGACUUGCACAGUAUUUCACAGUGGGACAUCUCUUGUAUUUAACUGCACUCUCAGAAAUGACUUUAAACAAACAGCAUCAUACCGUGUUUCUACAGUGCAUAUGUACUAUAAAGGUUCCCAGCAUGCAAUGCAGUGUGAAUAGAUCAUGCUGUAGGGUUGUUUGUUUUUAAAACUUUUGUUGGUUUUACUUGUGCUAAUGAACUUGUUUUUGGUUCACUUUUAGAAUUGUGUGUUGUGUGUUUUAUUUUGUAAUGUUGGUUUAUGUUGUAAGUGUUGUUUAAUUGUUGAGUUUUAUCAUUGUUGUGUUCUGUAUGUUAUGAAUAUGAAAUAAGUUAUUGGUGAAUCUUCUCGUUAAAUAAUGCUAAAAUAAAAUCUUCAUGUUUUUUGUGAAGAAUUGUAUGACUAUCCUUAAGUCAGGUGAAUAACUUUUUUCAUAUUUGAGUUUGUCAUCAUUUUAACAAAUGUUUUCAUUUGUCACACUUCCAUCAUGAAAUGAUCAUAAAUUUGAAUAUAUGCAAGGUCAAAGAGCAGAAAAAAGGAAAAUCAUCAUUCUAUCAUUCUGAUGUUCAUUCAGUCAUCUGUAAGAAAAUUACCCAGCAUGCUUUGAUUUUAGAGUACAUUUCUGACUACAGUAAUAUAUUAUAAAACAAUACUCUUUAAUCAUGUAAAUUCCUUGCAUUUUUUUACAGUGAAGAUAGAUAGAUUUUCUAU